AUGAAAAAGGGAAGCUCCUUUCGAGAUGAGCAUAACAGGCGACGAUCCCGCCAGAGUUUCCGCAGCCAGGAGCUGCUAGCUUCGCUUACGCUUUCUGCUGAGGCUAUUACUCUUAAUAGUGAGUCUGGGAAUGUUGAAGAAGCUGCAGCUCGAGCCUCAAGACGCAGUUCGCGAAGGUCUACGCUGAAGCUUGUGAAAACUCGCUCUACUGUAUCUCACCACGCGACUCAAAGCUUCGCGACAGUGGCAAAUACGAAAAUUAUGACAAUGAAGAAGCUCAAACUCAUGCGGAAAUACCGUCUAGGUGUCCACGGUUCACUACGAGAAGAAGACGAUGAUGAAAUGAUGGAUGGCCCACCGAUAAAAUCCCGACACAAGUCGUUGAUGCCAAUAAACCCAGCUAUUCUUCCAGGACUGAUACUUUCUCCGACGCCAAAGAGUCCUGUUAAAACAGAUGACAAGCAUGCAGUUGGGAAGUUCGAAACUCACGAUAGCAAGUGGAAAGCUACAGUCGACGGAGAAGUCGAGAAGUUCAUGUACCCGAGUCUUCGACUUGAGACUUUAUACUCCGACGAAAUCAUUCCGGAUACUGAAGAUGAUAGUGAUGAGAAGCCAAUGCCUUCUCCAAAGACAAUUGACGAGGUUUUGACUAGCACUUCAAAGGUGAGUUGGGAACUAGAGCGUGUGGCCUCGAGUCCGGUAAAUGGUCCAGUGCAGGAAGUCGAUAAUAAAAGACUCGAGUUUGAUCAGAAACUUCAUGACGCUGAGACUAUACUACGGAAACGUGAAGCGGCUUCGAUAAGGAUGAACACAGCCCCGCCGACAUUGGAAGGAGCUGCGAGGAAGUCGAGUUAUCCGGAUGGAGUAGGCUCAGAGUCGAUGAUAGCUGAAACUGGUACUUCACUACAUCAAGAUGCAGUAGCACCAGUUCAACAACCGAUUCCUCGACUUCCACAAGCACGAAAAUUGAUAAAAGAGAUCCAGAAACAUACAACCGAUGCUGGCCAAAUCGAGUACUAUGCCGAAAAACAGCAUCUUUUCACGAAGUGGAAAAACGUUGGAAACUCGCAGCAUCAUCAGCUUAGUCCUCUUCCUAUACGCAAAGAUGAACAAUGUUCAUCCGACGAGGAUGUCGAUAGUGACCUCGAACCGGAGGGACAUGACGGUUCUAAUCAGCCGUUCGGGAAGUUAUCACCGCGGUCUCUUUUCUACGUCGAAUGUGUCAAGAAGCAAAUCCUACCGGAGCCAAUCUUCUCGAGAAUCAACGAGGUUGCAGCUCCAGAUUCUCAGCCUCUAACAGCACGACAUUCAUCGUCUCGUUCUUCCUUGGCUGACGUCACGUCAAUGUUAAUGAACACGCUGCAAAAGAAUAAACGUAAGCAACGUGGAAAGCGCCACUUGGCUCUACAGCUCCAACAAUUUGGACUGGGCGACUCCAAGAUCAUCGCAUUAUCCAAAUCUCUCCGUGAAUUCCAAGCCAUUCAAGUCCUGGAUCUCAGUGACAACCGUCUUACCGAUGCAUCGAUUAUCCCACUGCUACAAUCUCUCGCUGGCACAGAAUCUACUGCCAGUGACAUAUUAAACCCCGACAAUCGAUCUCCAAAAGCAAAGCUACUCGCUGCGAGUCAAACAAUCAACACUGGAAGCUGUAUACUUACGGUGCUAAAUCUGAGCAAAAACGAGCUCGGUCGAAAAGGUUGUCAGCAAGUUGCACGCUUUUUGGCUAUCUGUAAGACUCUGACGUACUUGGAUUUAUCACAUACAACAUUAGGCGGAGACGACGAAGCCUUCGCACCGGUGGCAGCAGCAAUUGAGGUUCAUCCGUGUUUAAAACGAGUGAAUCUCUCGCAUAAUUCGAUUGGGGAGAGAGGAGGAACUCUACUUGGAGCUAUGUUGACUAAUCCCGCUUGUGUUGUUCAAGCUUUGGAUGUAUCGUGGAAUAAUAUCCGUCGAAGUGGAGCAGUGGAAUUAGGGGUCGCUAUGCGUACGAAUACGUCGUUACGGACACUGUAUAUGAGUAUGAAUCGGUGUGGAGAUGGAGGUGGAGAGCAGUUAGCGGCAGCGUUGGCAUGUAACACAACUCUAACGGAACUGGAUUUAUCGCACAAUGCUCUAACUGGGGCAAGUGCAGUGGCCUUCGGCUUCUUCCUGCGUCAAAAUGAAUCACUUCGUACAUUGGAUAUGAAAGAUAAUAGUCUUGGAGAAGUCGGCGCACGUGCACUAUUGAGAGCCAUUGCUUUAGGCUCGCGUUGUGAGAUCAGUCUGUCUGUCCAUGAUCUUGAAACAUCUAGUACAGGCUCGACCUCCAGUUCUCCGAUCUUUGACGCCAGUUUACCAUCCGCUUCAUCUCCGUUUGAGCUUAAAUUGGGAGAAUCCCCCUAUGCGUUCGCAGUCGCCAGUGAAUUAAUUGAUGCGGCUUUAUAUCAAGGACGAUGUAUGCUAGCAGAUCUUAGCUAUGAGGAGGAUAUCCCUCGAUCUGCAGGGGCUUCGAGAAAUAGAGCCAAAUCAGCCAAGAAGAGGUCCUUAUUAGGGGUUGAUUUGGAACGACGUUGCCUUUAUAGCGUUCAAGAUUCCAAUAAAACGCAGUGGGAACUGCCAGCAAGGGGAAUAUUACGUGCAACGGCUACUUUUAUGGCCCCCCCACUGCCCAGAGGUCCCGUGUCUUGGCUGGAUGAUGAGUCUUGCUUGGGUUUAAUUCAUAUCGUAAAGCGUGGCUUCUCAUCACGUGAUAUGAUGAGUCUACUGGAUUUAGUUCUCCUUGAUUUGCAACUUACGACCACGCAGGCAACGUUUUUUGUGAGUCAUUUACAGUCCUCGUUGCCCAAGAUGGAGCUUCUGGGCAGACUAUGGACGUGUUUAAUUGAUGGAGAGAACGCAUUCACCUUUUUACAGGAACUUUUAACGCAGCCAGAGCAGUGGAGACUCAUCGAUCGCUUCGGAAAUGUGGUGAUGCAGUUCUCAACAGCUAACCCCACAGGUCACUGGACGUUGACACUAAGAGAUCCAAGACACAGGAAGAUUGCGCUCUGGUUUGCUUCACUAAAUGCAUACCAUACAGGUAUUGUGACCCGAAACCAUCCUAAACUUACAGACUGCAGUCAAUACGGACGUGGCUUUCAUUGGCGCAAUAUAGUCUUCAACCAGAAGCGUAUUCAGCUCACUUAUUCAUUCUUUGACCGUCUACCACGUGAUGGAGUUCUUGAGUUCGAUUAUGUAUCUCCUCUACGUCCAGAAGACAGAUAUUUAGAAGAGAAUCAUUUAGACUAUCAAGAUGGUACGGAACUAGAUCAAACCGCGAUAUCGGCACAAAACGCUAUGGCGGACGAGGAACUGGCAUCAUUGCUAGCUCAAGUGGGAGCUGAAGUGUGCGCUGUCUACGUGCCCGUACACAAACGCCAGAAUCUCAAGUAUCAUUUGGUGCUAUUUCACCUCGCUAUUGCUGCACGACGAGUGAUGACAAGACAAGCACAUCAUGUGCUACAACAUUUCCCCAAAAAUUACGAAUCUGGUCGUUUACGAGCACUAGUGGCGAUGCAUCAUGCUAUAGUAGACUUGGAAUGUUUCGGUGAGUUACUGGAUCGUUUGGCUUUAACAGAUCGACCGCGUGUGUAUAUGAAUUUGGGAUAUCUCAAUACUGUGAUGCCUUUGAAUAUUGAUAUGGAUUUCGAAGUAGAUUUCACUCGUGAAGACGAGAAAAUGCUGCUACGAGCACUCGUGGACUUAUCGAUCUCUUGCCCUAUGGAUAUGAUCCGUAUUGACAGCGCCAGAUCCACCGUUCUCAUAAUCUACUCCAUGUACCAGACUAACACAGUCCCCGCUUCAGGCCGCAUUUGCUUCCGCUACGUCUCCCAUCAAGCAACAAAUCGUCUCGAAUGGCUACGUUCUCGACAACAAAUAUACCGCCAUUUCCUAUGUGGAGAUCGUCUAAAAAGUCUAAGCGAUUCAGCUGCACUAGCUCUAGCUGCAAGUUUCAGUAACGAUAGCAACAACGCAGCUACCAAUCCGACUGAUAGCAACACGACUACCCCAGCGUAA